AUAACGAGAAAAGAGAGGGAUAGGGAGGAGGACAGAUUAAGCAGACUGAACACAACUGUUGUUUUAAUCCUCUGAGUGGAUAGAUUUAGAGGAAAACACUCCUGGUUUGGAGAAGAGCAGCCAUAUUGCAUGGAGCUGGUGCCAUAACAAUACGAGGACUUCAGGAGCGGACGCUACUUUUGACUCUCUCCUAUUUAUUAUUUAUUUAUUUUAUUUUUAGACAGUGUUAACCAAUAGAUAUAAAGAUGAAGGACCGACUGGAGCAGCUAAAGGCGACAUGCGAUCAUGAUGAUGAAGAUGUUGAGAUCGCCGUGGACAACCCUGCAUUUAUGGAUGAGUUCUUCUCCCAGAUUGAAGACAUCAGGAACAGCAUUAAUAAGAUCGAUGAGAAUGUGGCCGAAGUGAAGAAACUUUACUCAGUUAUUCUUUCUGCACCAACAUCUGACCAGAAAACACAGGAUGAUUUGGAGGCGCUUACUAACGAUAUAAAGAAAAUGGCCAACAAUGCUCGUAACAAACUGAAGACCAUUGAAAGGAAUCUCGAGAUGGAAGAAGUGGAAAGAGUAUCGGCUGACUUGAGAAUACGCAAAUCACAGCACGCUGUACUUUCCAGGAAGUUUGUUGAUGUGAUGACCAAAUACAAUGAAGCUCAGGUGGACUUCAGAGAGAAAAGCAAAGGUCGCAUUCAGAGACAAUUAGAGAUCACUGGUAAAGCCACAACUGAUGAGGAGCUGGAGGAGAUGCUGGAGGGAGGAAAUGCAGCCGUUUUCACAGCGGGGGUAAUGCAUGCGUGUGCAGUGCAAGAGAUCCAUAAUCUAAACCAGCACUCAGAAACAGAGGGCAACAUGGUUGAUAACAUUGAGGUGAAUGUAGGUAAAGCAGUCGAUCACGUUGAAGCGGCAAAGACUGAAACCAAGAAAGCAGUCAGGUAUCAGAGUAAAGCCCGGAAGAAGAUUAUCAUACUGGGUGUGAUUGGUGCUGUGGUGCUCAUCAUCAUCCUCAUCAUCAUCCUCACACAGGUUCUAUGAUAACCUCUGUGGCUGCUCA